UUUCUUCUUUUUAAGAAGAAUUUAAGAAGCAGAUACAGAAUGAAGUCAACCUGCACAGGUGAGGCAGCAGAUUUCAGCAGCAGCGAUGAUGAGAGGCGACAAGGCUUUGGUGUUCAGGAGUGGCCAGAUGGGUCAAAAUAUGAGGGCGAGUUUGUAGAGGGACUCAAACAUGGCAAAGGACGCUACACCUCAAGAAAUGGAGAGUACUAUGAGGGCUUUUUCUACAAGGACUUUAAGCAUGGGGACGCAGUGUACUGCUGGCCCACAGGUCACACGUUUACUGGUAAGUUCUACCUGAACAGGAAGGAAGGAUAUGGUCAUUUCAGCUUUCCAGGUGGAGCCGUUUUCCAGGGUUUGUAUCACAGGGACCAGAGGUUUGGUCCUGGAGUGUUCACUUAUCCAGAUGGGAGGCAGGAUGUGGGCCUCUGGCAUGGCCAGCGCCUGCUAAAGCUCUGCUCCUCUUUGGGAAUUGGCUUUAGCUUGCAACAUUUCCCAGAAUAUGCUGCCUUCAUGAAACCUCAUGUCCACGAAGCUUUGAUUCAGGUGGGCAUAGAUAAAGAUCUGCUGUUAGACGAGAGCUUCAUCCUUCCGCCUGGCAUUGAGCGAUAUUCUAUUGAUGGUGACCAUUUGCCACUCACUCCUGGCCGCAGAAAAGAGUUAGAUCGACUCUUUCACGGAGAGCUGUGGGAGCAAGAUGCUCCUUCAUACCAAGGAUAUGAAAGGGAGCCUCUCUCUGCUCUCCCCUUACACGCCCACAUGCAGGCUCACAUACACAGACACAGAUUGCAGGCUGAAAAUAUUGGCUGGGACGUUGCAGCUGUCCUCUCUAUGAACAGGGAUAACUUUGGACCCAAAGGACCUCUGGAAGUCAGUUCAGAACAGUUGAUUCAGCACAGCUUCAGAGGGGACCUGAGGGCUGUGUCACAGAUCUUUCUGACAGACUCGGUCUGUCCAGAUGUAGCUGAUUCCCAAGGACAAACCGCACUGAUUGCUGCAACUAUAAACUGCCAUAAUGAAGUGAUCCAUCGUUUGUUGGAUAUAGGUGCUAAUAUUGACCAGCUGAACAGGGAAGGAAUGUCAGCUCUGGCUGUGUGCCAUGUCCUCUACUAUCCCUUUCAGUCUCUGCACACAACUUUGAUUCAUCCACCCACCAGAGCUCAGGUGUUGACGUUUCCACCUAGUGAGAAUAGAGCUCAAAACAACCAGGCCGACGUCACAUUGGAGACACAGGUCCUUAACAAAGAGCCUCAGGCUAAACACACAAAUAUGAUGGAUGAAAACAUAGUCAGCCAGCCCUCUAAGCUGGCAUCUGAAGAACUACCUGUGCACUUCUCACAUGGCCGCAUUGAAGAGGUCACUUCAGACCCUGAUCACCUCUGUGAGAAGGAGAGACCAGAGAAAGGAGAAGAUGAAAGCUACGAGGACAGAGAAAAAGUCCGCUCAGCCCAUAACUAUGACAUCGCCGUAACAGAAGGAAUGCUGCAGCACUCAGCUAAGGCGCUGAAUCGACCUCAACAGUGUCACUUGAAGGAGACUGCUCGCAAAAUGGCUGCCAUGCAAAUCGAGCGCCAUGUGCGAUUAGACACCCUGAAGCUUCUACUGGACCGUGGAGCUGACCCUAAUCUUUGCAGGGUCCCCAUGCCAGUUCUCUUUUUAGCCACCAUGGCGGGGGAUGCUGAAGUAAUCAGAAAACUGCUCCUCUGUGGAGCUUGCACUGAUAUUCCUUUACCAACAGAGGAGAAAGGUUUUUAUCCCCUCCAUGCUGCUGCUGCAUUGCCCGGUUCUAAAGGUCCAGAGGUCACUGAGCUCCUUCUGCAUGCUAUCACCAACCCAGACGCUCAAGCAUGUGACCAAGAUGAGAUCUAUGCACCAAAUCUGAUCUCCAUGAAGGAUAAUGAAGACCAGGACUCUGGAUUGAACCUGCAUCUGACAGAGGGGGGUCGAACGGCUCUGCACAUAGCCUGCCAGAGAGAGAGUGACUACUUGAAUGCCUGUAAGGUGGUGGCCCUUCUGCUCUCUCACAGAGCCAGAACAGAUCUCCUCUGGAGUGGACACUCACCUCUCUCUUUGGCUAUUUCCAGUGGCAAUGACUUGGCAGUGGAUGAGCUCUUAAAGGGAGGCACAGAUCCUAAUUUACCUUUGGGCAACAGAGUUGGCAGUGCCCUCUGCACCCUCACCAACUUCAGCUACCCUUUAUGUGGCAACAGAAUUAAGCUGUUAAAGAAGUUGGCCAAAGCUGGUGCUAAUGUCUCAAUGCCAAUUAGAGUGGGCAAAUGGGUGGGAACAGCUGUUGACUUUGCACACUACUCCGUCCAACAGGAUCAAUGUAGGAUUCGUGGUAUUUCAAUCUUAAACAGAGAGGAGAGGAAAUUAUUGGAUGCACGGCGCCACCUGCUUGAUCAAAUGACCAGUCUAUUUAGAAUGACUAUUCGGACAGUUUAUAAGAGUGAUGUGUCCUUAGACAGUCCAGCACACGGCUCUGAAGGAAAAUCAGAGGCAGCAAAAUCUCACAGGCAGCCAGUGCUUAAGUUCUGCUGUCACUGCGGUCUCUCUGCUUCUGUCAAGCUGACUGCUUGUCGCCGUUGCCUUAAGGUUUUCUUCUGCUCCGUGGCAUGGCAAGAGAAAACAUGGGUUGAAAGGCACAUGAAGAAGUGCUUUAAGAUGUCAGGUGGGAAUCAGCAGAUCUUCUCCCAACAACCAAAGCCCAGAAAAACCUAAACAGGAUCAGAAAAUUAGAAGCAGAAAU